CUGGGGAGAAGCAAACAGUUAAUAUCCAGGUCUCCAGUAAACAUCUAUGAGCCUCCUCUAUAAAACAGCUGCUGUGCUACUGCAUGGAACCUCGGGGCAAAGGCAAAAUUAACAGCUUCAAUUGAAGUGAAAUUAUCAGUCUGACUGAGGACACAGAGUUGAGCUCCAGCACAGUAGCUUGUUGCAGCAGCUUACCAGGAGUGUCAGUCUUUAGAUGCUGAACAGAGCAGAGACAAAGUGAACUGAGAUCAACCAACAAACAGAAAAUGACAGCUGCAGCAGCUCAGGAACUUGACGAGCGAUGUUUCCUGUCGGCACAGUCCAUGCCCAGUCUGAAGGUUUCUGAACACUACCAGGUGGUGAAGCUCCUGGGAGAGGGAUCCUACGGAAAGGUCAUGUUAGCAGUACACAGAAAGAGAGGAACCCCUAUGGCUCUGAAGUUCUUCCCUCGUCGGACUACCUCUCUCACCUCUUUCCUGCGUGAAUAUAAUCUCUCUCUUUCUUACUGCACCCAUCCGUCUCUGACACGGGCCCUGGGGAUCUUCUUUUCCACUCCGUCCUACUAUGUCUUUGCCCAGCAAGCUGGUCUUUAUGGUGACCUCUACAGUGUGAUAGUGUCCGAGAUUGGGGUUGAUGAAGAGUGUGUUCAGAGGGUGAUGUCCCAGCUGAGCGGGGCCGUUACACAUUUACACUCCCUGGGCUUUGUCCACCGUGACAUCAAACCCGAGAACAUCUUCCUAUGUGACAGUUCCUGCCGUUGGGUCAAACUGGGGGAUUUUGGCCUUGCCCGGGCAAUCGGCUCCACCGUCCGCGCUGUCUGGUACGAGUCACCCUUUUGCACUCCCGAGGUCGAGCCUGCCAAGGCAGCUGAGAAGGAGAUGGAGAGGAGGGUAUGUGAGGGGACAGAAGAGGAGAUGGAGGACAUUUGGGUGACAGUAGAGCCCUGUAUUGACAGCUGGGCCCUCGGUGUGCUCGUCUUCUGCCUCUUAACUGGCUGCUUCCCCUGGGAGGAAAGCACCCAUGAUGACCGCGGCUUCUGCAGAUACAAGGAGUGGUUUGACCAUGAGGCUGGAAAGGAGGAGAAGAUCAGUGAUGGUGAGUGGACUGCUGAGGAGGACAGUUACACAACUCUGAAGGAAAACCACAGGGACAACCCUCGUCCUUCACAGUUUGAGGGCCUCAGCCCACUAGUUAUGACCCUUUUAAAGGAGCUCCUCAAUCCCCAACCCAAACUCAGAGGAAGCCCAGAGGAGAUCUUGAGUUACCUCGGAGGGCCAUGGCUGAUGGAGACAGAAAGGGAGGAGAUGAGGAAGGCAGAGGAGGCAGAGAACGAGGCCAGAAAAAUAAGACAGGGGGGAGGGGUCGCAGAGGAGCUGGUGAGGGAAGGAAGAGGGGAGAGAUGAACUUUGUCUUUAUUAUAUUUUUUAAUAUAUAAAUUCAACACAAAUAUACACCGUAAGGUGCUUUAUUUUUAAUACUUUUUUUUUAUAAAUAGUGUUGCCAUAGUGAUCCUUUACUUCCUUUGUUAUACAUAUUCCAGAAUGUGUGUAUGUUGACUUGUGUGUCCUAAUGAAAACAAUCUUUAGAUAAGAGAGAUGUUUUGAAUACAAGCUGUUUUAUAGUGCCUUUAAAAAUGUAUUAGAAUUAUUGU